AUGAAACUUUAUUUAUUUACAAUACUAUUAAGCUAAUAUUUAUCCAUAAUCAUAUGCAGUUGCAAUCAAGAAAAUUAAUGCUUUGACCAAAAAUAGUAAACAUGUAAGUUGGUUGAUGGUAAAGAACAUAUUGGAAAAGAAAAGCAUUAUGGAUAUUGUGUAUUUGAUGCUAUCAAAUAUGAGUUGAUUGACUUUUGUAAAAGUGAUUAUGAACCUGUUUGUAUGUCUUAAGAUAGAAAAAGCUGUAUAAAAGUUUAAAAUAGCGAUCACAUAGUAGCUAUAUUAUAUUCAGGAAAUGUCUGUGUAGGUCUGAGAGAAUAUACAUCUAAUUUUAAUUUACCACAAAAAUUAAAAUAUAUUAAACAGGGGUUUUGUUAGGAUUUUAAUGGUCAAAUUAAAUUAGGUCAAGCAAUAUAAAGUGUAUCAUCAUCAUUUUUAUGUAAUAAUUUAGAAGGUGAAAAAUUUAAUAAAUGCAGACAAAAAAAAUCUUGCUAUUUGGUGGUUACAAAUAAAUGCAUUGAUAUAAAUUAAGUGGAUGGAAUUACUUCUAAUGGAUUUUGCGUCUUUUAAAAUGAACUGUAUCUUGACAAAGUUUUUUGCAAUGAAAGUUUAUGCCAAAUAAAAAACUCAUAAAACUAGUAUUCUUGUAUAAGUUAUUUUAAUUCAGACAUAGCUGGAAAGACUGGCGAUAAUUACUGCAUUUACCAGGGAUAGUAUUUUCCAAAAGAAACUUUGAUAAAUUGCAAGGAUUGCUUUUUUAAAAACUCUUGUGUUAAAAUGUCUUCUAAAAAUCCUGCUAAAUUAAUUGAUAACACCUGUGCAUAAUUAAAUACAUAAAACUCAGUUAAAUGCUAUACUUAAUUUCCAGCUUGCUUAUCCACAAGCUCUACAUGCUUGGAAGUGUCAAGCUCAAAUCCUAACUCUGUUGGUUUAAGGACAAAUGAAGAGUGUGCUGUAGCAAAUUAAUAUUAUAGUGAUUUGUAAAAAUGUAGUAAAGAUUAUUGCAUUAAAUAGUCAUCUGGAAAAAAAGGGUGUUUUGUUUUAGACGGAUCUGAGAAUGCAAUUGGAAUUGACUAAAAUGGCAAUUGUGUUGAUUCUAAAACAGUUGCGACUAGAUGUGCUUAGUUGCCAGUCGUUUGUUUUGAUAGUAUUACAUAAACAUGCUAAUAAACUGUAAAUUAUGGAUCAGUUGAUAAUGGAUGUUCUUUAAAUGGUUAAUGUUUCUAAAUGUCACCUAACUUGUAUGUAGGUAGAGAUACUAAUAAUUAGUGCUUUAAAAUAAAUAGUACUCCUUUAAGUGGUACUGUUAAAAAAUGUUUUAACGAUCCAUUAACUAUUUGUUUAACAAGUGACAAUAAAUAAUGUAUCAUAUAUACUAACUCCUCAUAGUAUUUAGGAUAUAUUUAAAGUACAGGAAUUUGUGCUUAAAAUGGUUAAAAAACUUCUAAUUAGGCUCUGUAAAUUAUUGUUAACUUAAACUAAGGUUAUUGCUAAGAUAGUUAAUUUAAAAUUUAAAAAUUAUUAAAUCCAUAUGUUGGAAGAGAUUCAGUAAACUAAUUAUGCCUCUAGUAAUCAACACAGUCUUCAUAAAUUGAAUUUUGCGUUUAAGGAUAUUGUGUUGCAAAUAAUAAAUGCUAACCUGUUGGUUUUGAUAAAAAACUUAUUGCAAAACUUUCAAAUUAGCAAUGUGGCUUAGAUUAAAUACCCGGUGCAAUAGAAUGUGCAUUUUAAAGUUUGGAUGGAUAAGAUACUAGUGGAAACUGCUUGAAAAGAGGCUAAUUCACAUAAAGAAUAAGAAAAUGUUAAUAAAACCAUUGCUAGACAAUUAAUUCAGACAGUUAUAUUGCUUGUUUAUACUUAGAUGGGUCAACAAAAUAAGUUGGAAUAGCAGCAAAUGGGUUGUGUUUAGAUAUAAACUAAGCUCCAGCAAUAAGAUGUACUGACUAGGUUAAUUAUAUUUGCUAUGAUCAGGACACAAAGACAUGCAUAUGUAUCAAUUUACCAUCUAGAAUUAAUUAUUGCAAAUUUUAAGGAACUUGUUAUUAAAUGAAUUUGAAUUAGUAUGUUGGUAGAGAUGCAAAUUUUAACUGUUUAACUUCUGGAAAAACUCCAAGUAUAGGAUUAGUUUAGAAUUGUUUAAAUGAUCCUUAAAACAUAUGUUAAAAAAGUGAUUAAUUAUAAUGCAUAUAUUAUACUAACAAAUAAUGGAAAAAUACCUACUUAGGUUUUAUAAAUUCAUCUGGUUAUUGUGCGUAAGAAAACUAAGCAACUUCAUCUUUAUAAAAAUAAUUUGAAAUUAUCACUAAUUUUGAUAGUAAUUAUUGCUAGGAUGAUAGCUAUAUCAUUAGAAAGAUUAACACUUCAUAUGGUGGUAGAGAAGUGAAAUAUUAAAGGUGUCUAAAAGCUUUUAAUUUACCAAUUUCCUAAAUAGAUUUUUGCUUUAAAGGUUAUUGCAUUUAGAGUAAUGAAUGCAAGCAAAUAGGUUUUGACGGUAAACUAAUAUCAAAACUAUAGAAUGGAUAAUGUGCUAUUGAUCGAUAAUACCCUGCUGUUGAGUGUGCAUAUAAUACUUUAGAUACAUGUUUAUAUAAUAAUAUGUGCUAUUGGUUAACUGAAUAAGACGCUUUUGCAUCAGGAAUAGAUUAAAAUGGUAAUUGUUUAACAAGAGGUGUAUUCUCAAUAAUUUUUAAGAAAUGUUAAUCAAAUCACUGCUUUAAAAUCUAUCCCAAUUUUUAAUCAAGCCAAGAUGGAAAGGGAUGCUUUCUUUUAGAUGGAUCUCAAGGUUAGGCAGGUAUAACUUCUUUGGGAUAAUGUUUAGCUAUUAAUACUUCUCCUGCAUGCAGAUGUACAAAUAAGACUAAUUCAAUUUGUUAUGAUCCUGCCACUUAAACUUGCUAGAAUACAAUAAAUUAUGGGUCCAUAGGAAAAGGUUGUAUUUUAAAUAGUUAAUGUUAUUAAUUUUCAAUUCAAUAAUAUAUUGGAAGAGAUUUAGAGCUUUAAUGCUUGGUAAAUAACUAGAUAACGAGCUAAGUAGAUAUUUGCUUUAAUGAAGUUAAUGAUGUUUGCCUUACCAAUAAUGAUUACCAAUAAUUUUGUGUAUUAUAUCCACAAUCUUAAAAAUACUUAGGAUAUAUUUCAGAAAAUAAAAGGUGCGCUAUAUAAGACUAAAUUGCAUAUUAGAACGGUAUUCUGGCUAACUUAGUAAACUUAAAAGCCAACUUUUGUUAAGAUGUUAAUGGGUAUAUCAGAGCCUUAAAUAAAACUCAAUAUGUUGGAGUAAGUAAGUAAAAUUAUCAAUGUUUAACUGUAAAGUAAACCUCUACUAACAAUAUUAUUUAAUGCUAUUCUGGAUUUUGUUUGAAUGUAAAUUUUUGUUAAGCAUAUGAUGAUACAUAUAUUGGAAAAGCAAGUAAUUAAACCUGUCUAAAAGUUGGAUAACCUUAAAGUAUUGAAUGUGCAGUAAAUUAUUGUAUAGAACCAAAUACAUAAAGUUGUAUGCUAAUAAAUGAUAAUGAUCCAAAUUUAUCUGGUGUUUAAGGAGAUUAUAAAUGUGCAGUUUUAGGUUAAUAUUAUACAUAAAUUUUGUAAUGUUCAAGCAAAUAUUGCAUUGAUUACUAGGAUCCAGAUGAUCCUACUACUUAACCAGGAUGCUUUCUUUGGGAUGCAUCUAUACAAAGAAUAGGGAUAGAUAAAAAUGGAUAUUGCACUUAUUAAGACUAACCAAACGCAAUCAAAUGUAUGCCAGGAUAGUUUUGCUUAAAUACUCUUUUUGGAAAUUCAUGCCAGUCUCUGUUAUUAUCAUUUGAUUAAAAUAGGUUUUCAAGAGAAAGAAUAACUGGUAUAUGCCUUCCUUAUUUAGAUCCAAAAUAUAUAUAAGGAGGUGAUAUUGAAACUUGUGUAGAUGGUAGUUGCUUUUAUAUAGAUCAAGUUUAAAAAAAAAAUUUCUGUCUUUCUUAAGGUAUCUACGCUUUGGGAGAUUUCAUUGUAGGAAUCGACACUUUAGGUUAAUGUAUAAUUAAAAACCAAAUAACAAGAGUUUAAAUAAAAUCAUGUUUAGGCUUGACAUAUUGUGCUCUUGAUAUUGGAGGGGGGAAUUACAAAUGUCAAAUGCUUCAGUUAAGUGACCCUCAAUAUCCAAAUCUAGCUUACUAAGCAAAAAAUGCAAACUAAACUUGUUAAGAUCUUAAUAAAGAAAAUAGUAUUGGGUGUUUAGACGGUUUAUAUUGUAUCAAUCAAUAAACUAAUAACAAAUGCGAAAUAAUGGACUCUAGCGACUCAAAUAAAAUAGGCAGAAACUUUUUUAACCAUUAAUGUCUCCCAUAAGGAGCUUAAGUUGCUAUAAUUUGCCAGUAGUAAUAUUGUAUAUCUCUUGGAGCGUGCAUACCUUUAUCAGAUAUUAAUCCAGGCUAAGAAAAUGUAACAUAAAGAUGUUUAUAAGAAUAGUAAUAUGGUUAGAAUGGAGCCUCUAAUUGUUAUAAAAAUGGAUACUGCUUAUUGACAGACCCCCUAACAAAUAAAGCAUCUUGUUUCAAAUUAGACUUUAGUAAUCCAAAUGCUAUUGGUAUAUAAAAAGACACUUAAUUAUGCUUAUAGAUGGGAUAACCUAAAGCAAUAAUGUGUGCAGUUGAAAAAUAUUGUUUAGAUCAAGCAACAAAUACUUGCUAGUUAAUCAAUACAAAAAAUGGGAUGUGUAUUGAUAAAAAUGGCUUUUGUGUAUAAAAUGGAUCCUGUUUUAAUUGUGAAUUAAAUUAAUGCUUGUCUCAAUCUAAUAAAAAUACAUGUUAAGACCUUUUAUAACCAUCAAUUACGUAUUGCAAGGAUAGCUAAGGAUUUUGUUAAAAUCUAGAUUCUGGCCUUUGCGAUAUCUGUCCUGAUAAUUAUUGCUUUAUUAAUAAAUUAUGUUUAAAUUAUAAAAGUUUAUUAAAGUUAAUAAAUAACGGAUAGUGUUUUGAACAAAUCAAAAAGUUAAAAACCUGUGUAAUUUAAAAUUUAAAUGUACCAAACUAGAAUGGAAAUAUGAAUUGUAUGAAUAAUUAAAGCUUUUGUUAAGAUAUAUCAAUUAAUAAUAAUGAAUGUUUAUCUUGUCCUAUGUACUUUAUAAAUCCAGGAGAUUAAAAAUGUUAUAGUUUAGAAUAAAAGUUAGAGCAUUCACCUGAUUCUUAAUAAGUAUACUUUGGAAUGUAGUUGAUUUAUGUUAAAUAAGACUGUUAUGAUUAAAAUUUCUGCCUGGUAAAUUAAUCUCUCAAGUGUCCAUAAGGUUGUUAUUCAUGCAACUCUCUUUCUUUCUGUACUUAAUGCAUUGAAGGUUAUUUUUUAUACCAAGAAUCGCAAACAAAAUCAGUUUGCAUAAAAUGCUUCAACCAAUAACCUCCUAAUUAGGAUUUAAAUUUAAGUCCUUAUUAUAAAUAAAUUCCUACUUACUAAUGCAUAGACUGCUCAUCAGAAUAUUCUUUAUGGUAGUAGAGCUAAUCUAAAUAUAAAACAUGCUAGAAUUACAUUUUAUAGCUAGAUCAAAAUUUACAAGUAGUAUUUUCAAAGUAUUAGACAGUAAACUUCCUAGUAUAAUCAACAUUAGGCUCAUAUAGCAUUACUCAAUAUUAAUCUGUGCUAUGUCCAGAAGGAUGCUUUUAAUGUAUACAAGAAUCUAAUUCAAAAGCAACUUGUAUUAAAUGUUAAGUUUAGUAUGUAUAAAAUGGAAACAUUUGUGAAAAAUGCCCUGAUAAUUGUAAUUACUGUUAAUAUGCAGCAAUUUUAAAUGGUAAAGCUGUAUUUAAAAGCUAAAUAGACAUUAAUAAAAUCAAUCAAUUUUCGUUUGUAAAAAUAUGCUUAGAAUGUAAACCUAAAUACCUUGUUUCAUAUGAUUUAUUAUCAUGUGUUUAAUGUGGUUUAAACUGUGAUUAAUGUUAAUAUGAUAAUAAUGAUGAGGUUCUAAAUUAUAACAUAGAUUAACUAACUGUCUUAUCAUACAAUUAGUUUAAAACAAAAAAAUACAUAAAAAAGUGUUUAUAAUGCCCUAAAUAAUACUUUGUUUCAUUUGAUGGUUAGUCUUGUGUGUAAUAAACACUAAAUUGCGAUUAUAACAGUUUUAAAAUAGUUUAAGAUACACAGAUUUAUGAUUUAACAGAAGAGAUAUGGUUAUUUGUAGGUAGUUAAUAACAAAAUAUAAGUAUUAACAAAAUUUGUAAAAGCUGCUCUUAAGGGUACACAUUAGCAAGCGAUUAAAUAAAAUGUGAGUAUGGUUGCUAAUCAUUAUCUCAGUAAUCGCUAUGCAAUAAUUGUUAUACUACUUUAUCCUUUGAAGUUUAAUGCUAAUUUUGUAGUAAUGGAUAAAUAUUAAACUAAGUUUUUAAUCCCCCCAGAUGCUAAGAUGAUCUUUGUAAAAACAAUAUUUUAGGAUGCACAGAGUGCUAUAAAUAUUUAGAUUCGAGUUUAAUGCUAAACAAUUAAGUUUAUUAAUGUACGAAAUGCUAAGAUCAACUAAGUAUUCCAUCUAUCUAUGGUUGUAUUAAAUGCCCAGAAGGAUGCUCCAAAUGUUAUGAAGGUACAAGUACAUUUAACUUCACAUCAUAAUUAAUAUAUAAAAGAGAUUCCAUCACUAUAUAAGAUAGAUUAGAUUAUAAGAAUAAAAACUAUAAAUUGAUAUGCACAGGAUGCUUAGAUGGGUAUUACUUCGAUUAAUAAUUCAAAAAAUGCAUUUUAAUUUAAUGUGGAUAAAACUGCCUAAAAUGUAUCCUUAUAAAUAAAAAGCCUUAAUGCAUUCAGUGCAACUAUGAUAAAUUAAUUAAUUAAAUUUCUUCAUUGUAGUAUUUUGUUGGUAUGUUCUAUUAUAAAUAAAAUUAAAUAUAUAAUCCAUAAUAAAUGAUAACAUUAACUUCUUCUGGUGAUGAUUGCUAAAUUUGUCCAUUACUUUGCGAAACAUGUGUAAACUAAAGCAAUGUCAGUAAGAAUCCUUUAUAUAUAUAUGAUGCUUAAUGUUUAUCUUGCAAAAAAACUUUAGAUAAGAGCUAUAUUUUAUAAAAUUAUAGUAUAACAUAUGAUAAGUCAAGAAGGAAAUGCUACUUAUGCUAAAAAUCAGAAUAGGGUUGCUACUAUAAGAAGCAAAAAAUAAUCUAUGCAUAAUGCUUAGAUCUAAGUAGCAGAUUAGGUGAUGGUUCAUAAAAAGAACCAAUUAACUUCAAUCGUUUAAAUGAAGUUAAUUUAAACUAAUUUAUCAUAAAUGAACUAGAAUUUGAUCAAGCAGUAAUUUUUUAUAAUGAAUUAUAAGUUAAAGAGUUGGAGGUUUUAUUAAUAUUUGUUGAUAAUAUUUGUUAAGAUCUAAAACCUCAAAACUUUACAAUUACUUUAAAGGAGAAAUUUAGAACUCUUUCAACUAUCUUAAACAUAACAACACUUUACUCAAAUUUUGCAGUGGAUUUCUAGUAAUAAGAUGUUUUUACUGUAUAAGGCUUUGACAAAAUAUUUAUUUAAAAUGUAAUUUUCUAAUAGUAAAAAACUGAUAAUAAAUUUGGGGUAAGUAUUAAAGAUGAUUCUUUAAAUACUUUUUAACUUAUAAACUGUUAAUUCCACUAGAAAGAAUUAAUACAAAAUAAACGUUUAUUAUUUUUGGAUAUUUCAUCCAUUUAGUAAACAAAUAUAACAUUAGAAUAAGUAAUAUUUCAGAAUGUUAAGGUGCUAGACUAGUAGCCGUUAAUAAAUUGCCUUAGCUCUAAAUAAAAUUCUUAAUUAUUCCUUAGGAUAAUCUCAACUACUUUACUUAAUGUAUAAUUUAAUUAGUCAAAACUAAUUAAAAUAGAUAUGUAAUCUAUUUAAGUUGAAAUGUAAAACUUACUAAUUAGAUCAUCAAUUUUUGAUUAGGAAACACUACUUAUAGAUGUUCGAUAUAAUAAUUAACCAAAUCAAAUUAUAAAUAUUUAUUUUCAAAAUAUAACUUUUGAGAAUAGCUCCUUUAAUCAUAGAUCUUAAAUUCUAAAUUCAAAUAUCUUAAAUUAUCUAUCAAUCAUUAACUUGACAUUUAACUAAUGUACAUUUUAUUAAUCAUAAAAAGAGCUUAUACCUUUAAUUAUAUCUAAUUAGUUUAAUGUAAGUUAAAUUUAUAUCAUAUCAAAUAAAGUGACUAACUACAACUUUAUGCAGCAGGAAGAUAGUAGAUUGAAUAUUAUAAAUUAAACUUCUUAUUUUGAAUAAAUUCACAUUUUAGAUAACAUUGUUAAAAUUGAUAGUUAUUUUUUAUUAGAUUUUUAGACUGAUAAAAACUAUAAUAUAACUUUAAAUGGAAUAAUAAUUUAAAGAAAUCAAUUUUAUUCUGAGGUAACUUCAAUAAUAAUCUAACUUAUAAAAUUAAACACAGUUAUAGUAAACAAUAUUUCUUUAGCAGAUAAUGAUGAAUUUUUAUUCCUUAAAACUGAAAAUAUUUUUAAUGUGACAAUUAGUUAAAUAAAUUUAUAAUCAACUGACUAAUAGUUUUUGACCCCAUAAAUUUGCAACUUAAAAUAAACUAGCUAGCAAAUAAAUAUUAAAGACAUAUUCUAAUAAGGUAUAAAAGUAUCCAAAGAAUUAUUUAUCAUAGAAAAUAAUAUAAUUUAAAAGCAAAUUUCUCCUCUUGAAAUUACAAUAAAAAAUGUUAUCAGCAAUUAAAUAAUGUUAGUAUUCAAAGAUAAUAACGAAGAUAUAUCUAUUUUUUCGAUAAUUUCUAAGUAAAUCAGCAAUAUAUAAAUUGAAAAUGUAUAAUUUUCUGGAUUUUAAGAAGAUAUUUUAAAUAACAAAUCUAUUUUAGGAAAAGUAUCUUAAGGUUUUUAUUUUGAUGCCCCUACUGUAGCUGUGAACCUUUAUAAUUCUAGUUUUAAUGAAUUAAAUGUUAAAAAUUAAUUUGGUUGGAUUAAUGGAUAAAUUCUUUCAAUAAAUAUAAACUAUUGUAACUUUACUAAUUAAUAGAGUUAUCUUAACAUAAAAACCAGUAGAUUAGGUGGGUUUCUGAAUAUUAUAAGUUAAGUACUUCAUAUCUAUAACUCUAAAUUUAUAAAUGGUAAUGCACAAAUUGGAGGAGCAGUUUAUUGGAUAGCAUAAAAUAAAGGUAACUUCUCUUCAAUAGAUAGCGAAUAUUUAAGCAACAUAGCUUUUAGUAGUGAAGAUUUUGAGACUCAAGGAGGAGCAAUAUUUGUUAAUGGGCAAUUAUCUUAAGGCUUUGAUAUAUAUAUUUUCAAAUCUAAUUUUUCUAAUAACUUUGCAUUUAGCUAAGGAGGGGCUAUAUAGAUCUAACCUUCUUUUUAUUUUAAAACUGCCAUAACAAUUAAAAUGAGUCAUUUUAUUAAUAACUUCUCUUUAUGCAGAGGUAGUAAUAUUAACAUACAAAAUUAAUCUAAUUCUAAAUCUUAUAUAAUUUUGGGUAGUUUAGUUAUUACUAGUUAGAUUAAAUACUUUAUUGAAGCAAUUGAUAUCCUUUAAAACAUUAUUAGUAAAUAAGAUUGGUUAUAAAUUAAUUUAGUUGAUUCUUCAUUAAUUUACAUACAAAAAGCUCAUGAUGUUGAAAUUAUAAGUUCGACAUUUUAGUUAUCAGCAGGCACAUCAUAUGAUUUCUAAAACUCUGAGAAUCUGAAAUUUAUUUUUUAAAAAAUUUUGAUAAUUUAAGAAGCUAUUAACUUUUAUGAUGUAUAAAAUAUUUAUUAAGAUAGCUAUUUUUUAAGUAAUAUGAUUACAGCUAUAGGCAUUUAGUACUUUUAUAUCUACGAUACUUUAAUUUAAAACAAUAGAAAUAUCUUAGAUAAAAUGUAUAAUUAAAGAUAAGAUGCAUAAAGUGCUGUAUUUUAUAAUAGCCUGAGCAGCUACAUUUAUAAAUUAAAUGUAGCUAAUAACAUAUGUUAAUAUUGUGUUUUUGGGACAAUUUAAAUAGCAAGUUCAAAAUUGCAAAUCUUAAAUUCUACUUUUUAUAGUAAUAUAGCAUAUAAUGGGCCAGGAUUAUAUUUAGAAUAAGCUUAAUAAUAAUUUGCAAGCUCAAUUAAUGCAUAAUAAGUAUUUUAAGAUAAUUUAGUAAUCAUUAAUUCAAAAUUCAUUAAUAAUAAAGCAAACCUAAAUGGAGGAGCCAUAUACCUAAAAUAAUCUAGUAUGUUUAUUUAUGAAACUAUCUUUGACUAAAAUAAAGCUAGCUAAUAUGGUGGAGCUAUUUUUUUAGAAAAUGCAUAAAAUUAUAUUUUAAUAAAUUUAAUUAGCUUAAGUAGCUGCAUAUUUACUUAAAACUAAGCAAGUUUUGGAGGAGCAUUAGGGUCAACCACAGGAUAAAGAGUGAAUAGAUUUUCAAAUAAUACAUAUUAAAAUAAUAAAGCUUCUUAAUAUGGGGACAACAUUUAAACUUCACCAACAAAAUUUAGUGCUUCUAUAAAUGGAAAACCUUUAUCAGACUCAAAUAUCUUAUAAAUAUAAAAUCAUUUGGGGGGGUAACUUCAGGAAAAUAUAAUUUUAAGAUUGUGUAGUGAUUAGAAUUAAGAAAUUUUGAAUAUUCCUAAAUACAGCUUUCUUUAAAUAACUAUUUUAGAAGGAAAUGGUUACUUAAGUUAGAAUAAAAUUUAUAGUUCAAAUGGUGAAUUUAAUUUAACUCAGUAAAUUAAAGUUUAUGGAAAUUUCAAUUAAUAACUAAAGCUCUAAAUUACAAGCGAUUUAAUUAAAGUUCCCAUAUUGAAUCCAAGCUAAUACAUAAUUGGUUAUAAUAAUUAUUCAUUAAUUAUUGUUAUAGAUAUGGCUCAAAGUUGCUUAAUUGGCUAGAUACCUAUAAAAUUUUAAUAAAAAUAUGAUUAAUGUUAAGACUGUAAAGAUACUUAAUAUAGCUUUAGUAUAUCAAAUUAAUGUUAAUCAUGCCCUCAUUCAUUAGUUAAAUGUUUUAGAAAUUAUAUCUUUUUACCUUCAAAUUUAUGGAGAGUUAAUCAACAAUCAAUAGUUUUAUACCCAUGUAAAAAUUGUAUAGGUGACAUUCAAAUAAGUUAACUCAUAUAAACUGGCUAACUUUCUCCUAAGCACAAUGAUAUGAAUUACUAUUGCAAAUAAGGAUAUUUAGGAGCACUUUGCGAAGAUUGCGAUAGAACUGGAAAAUAUUGGGGUGAAGCUUACUUCAUGAAAUUGGACUAAAAAUGUUCAAGAUGCAGUGACAUAAGAUUUACAGAAGUCAUUUAUCCUUUGAUAAUAUCAAUCCUUGCAUUUAUUAUAUCAAUCUAUUUAUCUUAAAGAUUGAAGUAUUAAGUUAACUUGAAGAUAAUGACAAAAGUGGUUUACUUAUUACGAUAUAAAAAAUUUUAUGGCUACGAUGCCUCAAAUGUGUUUAGUGUAAUCAAAGUUUUGAUCUUUUAGUCAUCUUUAAUCGGAAUAAUGUUUUUUUAUGAUUCUAAUAUCCCAAAAUUUGUGUCUUAACUAUUUAUUGAUAUUGUAUUUACUUCUUAUUAGUGA